AUGGUUUAUGAAUUAAUUAAAAAAGAAGACACUCAAAUGAGAAUGGCUAUUCCGCCAAAAACCAAACUAGAAGUAACAUUGCGUUAUUUAGCUACUGGUGAUUCAUUUAAGUCCCUAGAAUAUCUAUUUCGUGUUCCUGAAUGUACAAUCUCAUUAUUUAUACCCGAAGUGCUUACAGCGAUUUCUCAAGUCCUGGAACCAUUUAUUAAGAUAAUGACUAAUAAAAUGAAUGAAGAAGUUAUAAGUCGUUUAUUAGAGGAGUUUAUAGAAGAUAGUGGGUCUGAUAGAGAUGACGAUGAUGUCGAGGACAAUUAUGAUAUUGAGAAUAGAAUUGAUGAUGAGCCAAAUGAACCUGUGUAUUCAGAUUUGCUACCUGUUAGUUUUGAAAAUGAAAAUCUUGUUGAUAUGAUGGGAAAUUUUAAUGAUGUUUUAGCCGUUUCAUUGACUGGUAUACGUGAUGUGAAUGACGUACCACCAGAAAAUAUUAUGAAUGAUUUUGAUAUUUCUAAGGAAUGGGGUUUUGAGGACACGGAAGACGAAAUUCAAAACGAACCUAUUUAUCAACCAAAUCUAACAAUUUCUAAUAAUAAUGGCCCUCUUUCAAGCACUAGAAAUAGAGUAAUACAAAAUACAUUAGAAAGAAUAAGACAACCGCCCGUUCAAUUGCAAUGGGAAAAAAUAAACUCUGAACCCCAGCCCCAUUUAUUUACUUCAAGUUCAGGUGUUUCUGAAGAAGUACUUGGUAAAACAACUGAAUUAGAUAUUUUUAGUAUUUUUUUCCCAGAUAGUUUGAUAAAACUGAUAAAAAAAGAAACAAAUAGGUACGCAUACUCAGUAAUUCGAUCUCUUCGACAAAAAAAUAUGCUAAAACCAAACUCUAUUUGGCAUAAAUGGAAACCAGUGACCAUUUCUGAAAUACAUAAAUUUUUUUCAAUUAUUCUCCAUAUGUGUGUUAUGCCAAAACCACAAAUGAAAGAUUUUUGGUCGAAAAAUGCAUUUAUUCAUAGUACAUUUGCGGCAAAAGUAAUGACUAGAGACCGUUUUUCAUCAAUUUGUUCUAUGUUGCAUUUGAAUAAUACUGCAAAUUAUAUUCCAAGAGGUAAAGAAAAUUAUGACAGUUUAUUUAAAAUUCGUCCUUAUAUUGACUUGAUAAAUAAAAAAGCUUGUGAAUCAUAUCAACCUGAUAAAAAUUUGACCAUUGAUGAAGGUAUGUGUCCAUUUAGAGGGCGUGUACAUUUUCGUGUUUAUAUGAAAAAUAAACCACAUAAGUAUGGGAUGAAAUUAUAUAUACUUUCAGACGCAUUAACAGGAUAUACUUUAAAAUUUGAAAUUUACUCUGGAAAAAAUCAAGAAGAUAAUUCAAUAAUUGCAUUAUUUGAUAGACUUUUAGAAAAUUACUAUUACAAAGGACACACUGUAUUUAUGGAUAGAUUUUACACAAGCCCAGCUCUUCUAAAUGCACUUUGGGAUAAAAAUACAAAUGGUGUAGGGACGGUGAUGUCAAAUCGUAAAGGUUUACCAAAAGACGUAUUGAAGGAAAAAUUACAGAAAGGGGAAAUGACAUAUGCGAAACAAGGUUGUUUGAUGUGUAUAAAAUGGAAAGACACAAGAGAUGUACUAGUAUUAUCUACUGCUCAUUCCGCGGACAUGAAACAAGUUUCUGUUAGAUCUAAAACAGGCCCGAUACUAAAAUUCAAGCCUAAUGCAAUAAUUGAUUAUAAUAUAAAUAAAACGGGUGUCGAUCAUGGAGACCAGAUGGUUUCAUACUAUCCAUUUCAAAGAAAAAGUUUUAAAUGGUGGAAAAAAAUGUUCUUUCACUUGUUUAUGGUAACGGUUGUAAAUAGUUAUAUAUUAAAGAAAAAAGCAAAUCAACGCCAAAAAGUUUCUUUGAGAACAUUUAUAAUAAAUUUGGGUUUACAAAUGGCAGAAAAAAGUGGUUUUGGACAACAGGAUUCAAAUGAAAUGGUUACUAAUCGAUUGACAGGACGACAUUUUAUUGCUCGAAUACCAGCUACACCUUCCAAACAAAAUCCUAGGCGAGUAUGUAAAGUAUGUGCAGAUAAAGAAAAGUAUAUAAGCGGCAAAAGAGGAAGAAAAGAAACUUCAUUUUACUGCAAGCAAUGUGAUACACCGUUGUAUAAAAAGUGA